AUUUUCUUGAUAUCAUAAGUAGUAUAGGUAUUUAACUAGCUGCUUAAUUAUAACUGAUUACAAUAUAAAACCACAUUGCACAUGGUUGUUUUUAGAAUCAUUUCUCUAAUCUAAUUUCAUUCAUCAUUUUAAAUUAAUCUUUUAAAUAGAACGGGUUAGUGAGUUAGUGAUUUAUUAUUUACUACCUAUUCUGUGAUAGUGUUAAGUCUUAAGUCGAUAUAUUUUUAAUAAAAUAUAAAAUAGGUGUAAUAGAAACAGAAAAUGUUUCAUCAUAGAGUUUUAGACUGGUUUUUAUAGAAUACAUAAAAGGGCCUUACGCAAUAAAACCAGUUAAAAAGAGGGAGCUUAGCUUUUGAAUAAUACGUCUCGUCAAACUAAGAUGGAUAGGCUAUCAAGAAGAUCGCCAACUUCUACAAAUAUAUGCUCAAGAAUAUGCCACUACUUAAGUUAUGUAACAGUAGAGCCAUCAUUAACACUGUAUAUGAUGGCUUUUAUGAUCACCUCAGUUAUAGAACAGUCACUUUUUGUAUACAAAGCUUGCAGAGUAGACCACGGUUACAAUGAAACCGUAUGCAGAAAUAUUAGCCAACCAGAGUAUUCAGAUAUAAAUAAGAAAGUUCAAAUCACUGUAUCUAAUUUUAUAUUGUGGAAUAAUGUAGCCGGUCACGCAGGCCAAAUUAUUUUAGCUUUCUUUAUGGGAGCAUGGUCUGAUAAACGUGGUAGAAAACUCCCUCUUAUAAUAGGACUAAUUGGAAAACUUUAUUAUUCUGUGAUGAUUGUAGUAAAUUCCUUAAAACCUGACUGGCCUGUCAUGUAUAUCGUUUAUACAGCAACUUUACCAAUGACAAUUACAGGAGCUGAUGUGGCUAUUUUUGCUGCAGCCUUUACUUAUCUAGUAGAUGUCAGUAGUAAAGAGAAUCGUACUAUUAGGGUCACAUUACUAGAAGUAUGCUAUUUAGCUACAAUGCCAACAGGAAUUGCGUUAGGUUCAUUUAUAUACAGUAAAGUGAAUCAAUCCUAUACAAUAAUGUUUAUAAUCAAUGCAAGUUUACUUGGUGCUGCCAUUCUGUACUCUUUUGUGAGGCUUGAGUGGCAAACUGCAGCUAACCAAAAGCCCCUUAUGGAAGUUAAAAACAUUCUAACAGAUUUUUUCGAUUAUAAUCAUGUCGUAGACACAGUAAAGACACUGUCUAAAAGAAGAGAAAAUAAGAAAAGAAGAAUAUUGCUGAUGCUGAUUUUGAUGAUGGCUUUAUAUACAUUUCAAAGAGAUGAAAGAACCGUUACUUUUUUGUACUGUCAGAGAGCUUUUAAUUGGGAUGUCAGUCAAUACAGCACCUUCAGAACAUUUCAAAGUGCCCUGCAAGAUUUAGGCUUGCUUUUUGGAGUUCCGAUUUUGAGCAAAUGUUUGGGCUUUAGAGACAGCAUAAUUGUCAUGGUUGGAGCUUUUGCUCAUUCUUGUGCAAGGGUGUUUUAUGCUGCGGCUAUUGACACAUGGAUAUUUUAUAUUGGUGGUGUCUUUGCUGCUUUUGGUCCUAUAGUAGCACCAGUAAUAAGGUCAAUGGUUUCUAAAAUUAUACACAUAUCAGAAAAAGGCAAAGCCUUUUCUGUACUGGGUGUGGCGGAUAAUGCUAUUCCUAUAAUAUCUGGUGUUCUUUACAGUAAGUUGUACAGUCUUACUAUAACAUCGCAUCCGGCGGCUAUAUUUUAUUUGACCAUUGGUUCUCAAAUUGGUGUAUUUCUUUUAGUGUUAUAUAUUCAUUUUGUUUAUAAAGAAGAUCAGGCUCCUAAUGAUCAAGAAGAAUCCCAAGAUAAAUGCCUCAGUGAAGGACAACCUCAAGAUUCUACAGAAGUUGACUGAAUAUGCCAUAAAUUCUAUUUAGAAUUAUAUAUAUUUUAGAGGUUUUAUGAUUAACUAGCGUGUGCUAGUAUUUAGUGUAUUUGUGUAAGUAAGUUCCUAAAUGUUUUAUUUGUAGGUAUUUAAUAUGCAUAAUUGUGUAGAGUAUAUUUUUCUAAAGUAGAAUAAAAUUCAUUUCUAUGUA